AUCAACUUCAAGUACGUACGUUUCGAGUAUAAAUUGAACGAUGGUGGUUAAAACAAUAACAUUCGAAAUGCGCGUAUUUUUACUACUUGUGUUAGUAUCAACCGCUGUUGCGGACCUCGUGAUCGACCUCCCCGAUGGCAGAAUAAGAGGUCAUGAGAUCAGAACAGAGAGCAGCAGCAUGUACGCUUUCCAAGGAAUACCAUUCGGUCGUCCGCCUGUUGGAAAAUUGAGAUUUCAGGCUCCAUUACCUUCGGAACCAUGGGAAGGAGUGCUAGAAGCGAAUCGAACAGCAGCCUCGUGCAUUGUAGUAAUGCAUUUUGAUGGCGAUCCCGAAAUUGACGAGCAAAACGAAGACUGUCUUUACCUGAACGUUUAUACACCUGCCCGACAAAUCACCGAAAAAUUACCGGUACUAUUUUGGAUUUAUGGUGGCGGGUUUAUCGGGGGAUGUGCUUCGUACGAUUACUACGGUCCCGACGAUCUUGUCAAUGAGGAUGUAAUAAUCGUAACGGUGAACUACCGCCUAGGCUUUUACGGCUUCUUAUCCACCGAGGACAAAGCUAUCUUGGGUAACGCAGGUCUGAAGGACCAACUACUGGCACUUAAAUGGGCGCAAAAAAACAUCGAGUUCUUCGGUGGCGAUCCCGAGAAGAUUACGAUAUUCGGCGAGAGUGCUGGUGGGAUUUCGGUCGGGGCUCAUGUCGUCAACUCGAAGUCCAAGGGGCUAUUCAGAGCAGCUAUUUGCCAGAGCGGAUGUUCUUUGACGACGGUAUUGCAGAGCAACGCCAGGCAAAACGUUUACGAUUUAGCCAAGAUAUUUGAUCCGACCAUUUCGGAAAAAAACACUACCACCGAGAUAAGAGACUUUUUGCAAAGUCUACCCUCCGACGUACUUGCCCAGGCCGGAACUGAAUUAGGUUUACUGUUAGGCGCCGUGGUCGAAGUAGAAGAUGAAGACGCGUUUAUAACAAAACCAGCUGUCCCUUUGCUCGAAUCAGGGAAUUUCAACCAGGUUCCUCUCAUCAUCGGCACAGUCUCCGAAGAAUCGAUUGGAUUUCUGCCCACCAUCUCUGAUAUUGAGGAAGCAGCUCGGUCUUACGAUGCCGAUGUAACCGCUCUGUUGCCUGUGGAUUUGGUACCUUUGGAGGGCGCGAACUUAACCGAAGCAGGGAUAGUAAUUAAGGACGCUUAUACUGACAGAGAUAGAACAUUCUCGGAAGAUCUGUCCAGAACUUUGAAGUAUUUCAGCGAUAAUAUUUUUGGAAGGCCCACGCUGAAGCAAGUGAAGAUUCAAUCGAACUUUACGCCGGUUUAUUUGUACCAGUUUUCCUUUGCCGGAACGAAAAGUCAAAACCGCACCGUCAUCGAAGGUGCCGGUAAAGUAGGUCACGCGGACGAGCUGGCUUACCUCUUCAAGAUAUCGACGUUUCCACUGGCCACAGAGGCAGAUUUUUUAACACGGAAAAGAAUGGUUAAGAUGUGGACAAAUUUUGCCAAGACACUCAAUCCCACUCCUGAUGCAUCCGAUCCGAUUCUAAACGUAACGUGGCCGUCAGUUUCGUCGAUCGAUAUUCAGUAUCUGGACAUCGAUGAUACCCUGCAAGUGAAGCCCAACGGUAAAGUGAAGCAAAUGGAAAUGUGGGACUAUGUAUACGAAACUUACGGAAAACGUCCGUUCUAUUACUUCUAAAGUGUACUAACAUUUCUUUAAAUAAACUUUUGGAAACCAUUCAAUACUUGUUUUGUUAUUGCCAAAUUACUUUUCGAGAGAGAAAAAGCAAUAAUUAAUAGUCUGGAACAACAACGUUUAUGGUCAG